CAUUCUCGUACUUUUAUUUGCUAAUCGGUGUUGUGUGCUACAAUGCCUGAGCCGGCAAAAUCUGCUCCCGCGCCCAAAAAGGGCUCGAAGAAAGCGGUCACCAAAGCCCAGAAAAAAGAUGGCAAGAAGCGCAAGCGCAGCCGCAAGGAGAGCUACUCCAUCUACGUGUACAAGGUGCUGAAGCAGGUGCACCCGGACACCGGCAUCUCGUCCAAGGCCAUGGGCAUCAUGAACUCCUUCGUCAACGACAUCUUCGAGCGCAUCGCCGGCGAAGCGUCCCGCCUGGCGCAUUACAACAAGCGCUCGACCAUCACGUCCCGGGAGAUCCAGACGGCCGUGCGCCUGCUGCUGCCCGGCGAGCUGGCCAAGCACGCCGUGUCCGAGGGCACCAAGGCGGUCACCAAGUAUACCAGCUCCAAGUGAGUCCCUGCCGGGACGCGGUGCUCGCGCGAGCCGCCGCCCGUUUGACUCCAAAGGCUCUUUUCAGAGCCACCCACUUAAUCACCAGAAAAGAGCUCUGUUCACUUGCGUUUUCUCUUAGUUCUUUCUCGCAAAGUAAAUUAUUCUAGUUGGCUAAAGGUCGUGGAAGAUGGCACUCGUAGCAUUUUAAGCUCUUCUGACUUGAGGUUCCUGGCGCGUGACUGGCUUUGCUUUUGAAUCUAGGGCGCGUCUUAACCCCUUACUGUGUUUGGUUUUCCUAUGAGUCAGUUCUAAAUUAGGAUGCUACGAAUACGCUCCUCCCCACCGUCCGGCCCCAGACUACAGUGUCUUGGUGGCUUUGUUGGGUAUGUUUUAUUGGCUUUCUAAAACGAAGUGAGAUUUCGGGCAUCCUCAUUUAAGAAAGGACCCCAGGACACAACUAAGCUCGGGGUCCUGCGAACACUGCGUCACAGCUCUGAAGAAUUCUCCCGAGAGUGGCAGCCUCUUGGGUCUCCGGUCACCAGUUCUGCCCUGCGGUGUGGCUCCCUGUGGAUACCAGCAGUUUCGGGCACCUCGGGCAGACCCAGCGGUUCUGGUUCCUAGCCUUCCCCUGAUUGGACGACGUGAAUAUUCAAAACCACACGCGGCUCCAGACUUAGUAGGUUCUGGUUUUCGCCGCUCACUUUGAGACUUUGAAAUUCCUAUUGAUCGAUUUGUGAAUCAUUUUUUCUUUGAAUGCUCUCUUUGGACCGUUCUAGCCUCGGGUCACCGCAAGGCAUUGGUCAUUUAGGUCUGGGCUGAAAGUCACCUCCCAGAGACCUACCCAAGUCAUCCACUCAGGAAUUCGCGCCCCGUUCCUGCCUGUCCUGGUGCCUCAACUGUUUUAUCUUCCUGUUAGCUGCUGUCAGAAAUUGUGUGGUUCGUUUAUCUUAUUGUUUGUGGGGCUUUCUCCUCAAGCCCUUGACAGAGACUUGGCGGGUCUGGUGUUCCCCUGUAUCAUCAGUGCCAAUCCGUGCCUGACACGUAGUGGACAUGUACAUACUUAUUGAAUUAAUACUUUUUGAAUUAAUUAUCCUAUUCCACUCCUUGCUUAAUCGCUUCCUUGGAUGGAUGGGUGCGGUUCAUUUCCAUUAAAUAUAUGGGAAGACCUGAUGAAAAUGGAAGUAGUUUUGGAGCUCCUUUCCCAAGUCUGAUGAUAGUCACCUCAGGGCAACAACCAGGAGGAGGCCUGUGUUAAAAUUCUUAUUGCGCCUAAGAAGGAGGCGGCAGUGGUCAGUCCUCCCUUUAUGCUUCUCAGUUUAAUGUAACCUAUUUUGGAUUUUAAUUAAAUUCAGAGCGUUGGUCCCUGAAAAGAUCCUUUUCCUUUCUCUUUUUCUGACACCCUUCCCCCAAUUCCACCGUCCUCAUCCUGUGUUCCCCACCGAGAUGAGCUUUUAAUUUACACUCGCCAUCUCAUUUGCUUUUCAGGAGACCCUGUAAGAUACGCAAAGUUAAUAUCCCUUCUACAAAUGAGGUUGAGAGAAGCACAGUGAUUGGUCCGCUGGCCAUGCAGCUAACAUUGUCCACCUUUGUAUCCUCAGAUGCGAGGACAAUUGCAUUUUAGUUUUAUUUUGUGUGAUUACAGAAUGUUGAACCUUUCUGUCCAAGCCUUGAUUUUGCUGAUAAAUACACUGAUGGUCUGAUCAGUUAUUAAACUCUGCUUUUGGCUAAGGGGUCCCGGAGUUGAUUGCAGGGGUUUCAUGAAUCCAAAUGGACUCCAGACAUUACCAUAGACUGAUUAAAUCUUAUGUUUCCUACAUGUAUGUUUUCAAAUGUGUGUAGAUUCUAUUGUUAUUAAUAAAGUUACCAAUUAAUUUAAAAGCUUGGCUGGAUUCUUUUAUCUGCAGUAUAUUUUCUAAUUAAAUGAAAUUAACAGAUACAAC